AUCCAUAGUUUUGGUCUACACUCACUCAGCUCCUUCAUUGUAUAACUUCACCUUUUCUCUCUUCUCUCCGCGCACCUAACACCACCGCCCUCUAUCUUACGCCCCCCCGGAGUUCACCUACUUAUCACACCCCCCUUUUUCAUUUCAAACCCUAAUUCACACAUCACACUAACCCUAAUUCAGCAAUUCAAGAUCGAUCGAUCCCAUCGAUCGAUUCGAUCAAACCCAAAAAAACCAUUCAUUUCAAUCAUCGUUAACGAAUUCAAUUCGAUCAUUAACGAUUCAGAUCAAUUCAAAGGAUUAGGGUUUUCAUGCUUUGGCGAUUCACACUUGCGGUGCGACUGCGAUGGCAAAUUCCGGCACCAAAUACGUGUCAGUGAAUCUCAACAAGUCUUAUGGACAAAAGGGAUCCGCUGCUCCGGCGCCGAGGUCCGCCGCCGGAGGCAGUGGUGGUGGUAUGGCGGUUCUUUCUAGACCUCGAAGUUCGCAGAAAAUUGGAGCGAAGCUUGCGGUUCCACCCCCCUUGAAUCUUCCUUCGCUUCGGAAAGAGCAUGAACGGUUUGAUUCGCUUGGAUCGGGUGGUGGACCGGCUGGUGCUGGUGGUUCCGGGACCGGUUCGAGACCUUCUUCGUCUGGGGUGGGGUGGACGAAGCCUGCUGCGGCGGUUUUGCAAGAGAAAGAGAUGGUUUUUACGGAGGAUGUGCCGAGGGUUGUUAGUAAGAUUGCUCCGACGGUUGUUUCGUCGUCCGCGGUUUUGAGAGGAGAGGAUUUUCCGUCGUUGCGUGCUACUUUGGUGCCUCCUGUAUCGAGUGGUAGCCAGAAUGCGAAGAUCCAAGAUAAUUUGAAUUUGAAUCAGAAGAAGGAGAAUGCAUCUAUUGAGCAGAAAAAGGAGGAUAAGAGUGGUGAUGCUGAUGGUAAUGCUAAUGCUAAUGCUGUUUCAGUUGUUAAUGUGAACUCUCGGUUCAAUGCUGGGAAUUUUCCUGUUGAAAAUGGCCGUGAGAAUCGAGGUUUUAAUGGCUCUCGUGGGGCGAAUCAAAGUAGAGGUGGGAUGAAUCAAGAUGAAUUUUUUCCGCCUCUGGUAAGGUUGAACCCGAGAUUUGAUUGGGCGGAUGAUGAGCGUGAUACUGGUCAUGGUUUUACGGAGCGGAGUAGAGAGGGGAGGGAUCAUGGAUUUUCAUCAAAAAAUGAUGCUUUUUGGGAUUUUGAUAUGCCUCGUGUUGGCAUUGUGCCACAUAAGUAUGGUAGUGGUUAUGAUAUGAGAGGACAGAUGCGGGGCAAUGAAGCUGGUAAGGUUUCCUCCAGUGAAGUUCCUAAGGUGGACUCUUAUGAUAGAAUGCCAGGAAGAGAAGUGAGUUCCUCUAAUUCCUCUUCGUGGAGGAAUUCGUCUUUUCCGAAAGAUGCUGGGAAUGAUAGGAAUGGUGUUGUUGGUGCAAGGCCUUCAAGUGGUAAUAGAGAUGUAGUGAAGGAUAACAAGUAUAGUUCGUCCCCUUUCAGAGAUGUUGUUCAUGAUGAUUCUGGAAGGAGGGAUGUAGGGUAUGGUCAAGGCGUGAAACAACCUUGGAAUAAUAUGGUGCAAUCAUAUGGUGAACGAAAUGGACUGCGGGAUAAUCGUCAUGUUGGUGGCGAUCAAUAUAACAGGAAUAGAGUUGAUUCUAACCAGAGCUCGAUGUCGAAGUCUUCAUUUUCAUUGGGUGGUAAAGGGCUUCCUGUUAAUGAUCCUUUGCUUAAUUUUGGCAGAGAGAAACGCAAUUUACCGAAGAGUGAAAAGACUUAUGGGGAAGAUUUUGGAGCUUCUGCUUUUGAUGGGAAGGAUAUUUUUUCAACAAGCCUUGGGGUGGUGAAGAAAAAGAAGGAUAUACUCAAGCAAACUGAUUUCCAUGACCCUGUUAGAGAAUCAUUUGAGGCUGAGCUUGAAAGAGUUCAGAGGAUGCAAGAACAGGAGCGGCAGAGAAUCGUUGAAGAGCAAGAAAGGGCAGUGGAAUUUGCUCGCCGAGAAGAGGAGGAAAGAAUAAGACUAGCCAGAGAACAGGAAGAGAUGCAAAGGAGGUUGGAAGAAGAAGCAAGAGAGGCAGCAUGGAGGGAAGAACAAGAUAGAAUUGAAGCUUUGCGCAAGGCCGAAGAGCAGAGGCUAGCUAGAGAAGAAGAAAAACAAAGACUGUUUUUAGAAGAGGAGAGGAGGAAACAAGCUGCUAAGCAAAAACUUAUAGAAUUAGAACAAAAGAUUGCUAGGAGGCAGGCUGAAUUAGCCAAAGGUAACAAUAAUGCUCCAAUUGUUGAUGAGAAAAUGCCUGGGAACGUGAAUGAAAGAGAUGCAUCAAGGGCUACAGAUGUAGGUGAUUGGGAGGAUAGUGAAAGAAUGGUUGAUAGGAUAUUAACUUCAGCAUCUUCUGAUUCAUCAAGUGUGAAUAGGCCAUUGGAGAUGGGCUCUAGACCUCAUUUUUCUAGAGAUUUGUCUUCCACCUUCGUGGAUAGAGGUAAACCCGUUAAUUCAUGGAGAAGAGAUGGUUAUGAGAACUGGAGUAGCCCGGCAUUCUAUCCUCAAGACCAUGAGAAUAGCCACAACAGUCCUCGCAGAGACUCAUCCAUUGGUGGAAAGCCAUUCAUGAGGAAAGAAUAUAAUGGUGGUGCUGGAUUAUUGUCUUCAAGGACUUAUUUAGAUGAAUAUGCUCACGUUAAACCACACAGGUGGAAUCAACCUGCAGAUGGAGAUCAUGCUGGCAGAAAUUCAGAGAUGCAUUCUGAUUUCAAUGAAAAUUUUGUUGAAAGAUUUGAUGGUUGGGCACAGAACCGUCCCCGUGGCAAUGCUUUCCCUCCAUUCCCUGACCGUCCAUACCAAAACUCUGAAUCAGAUGGACCUUAUGCCUUGGGGAGAUCCCGGUACCCUGCCAGGCAACCUCGUGUUCUCCCCCCUCCACUUGCUUCAGUUCACAGAACUUACAGGAACGGAAAUGAACACCCUGCUCCAUCGGCAUUCCUAGAAAACGAGAUACCAUAUAAUCAGGCAGCAAGGGGUGACUCUACCCUGCCAACUGGUUAUGAUAAUGGGAAUCAUGGUCAAGCUGAAGUUGAUCCCCUCCAAGAGGUUGCUGAAAAUGAAGACCAUAAAGUUGAGGCCACGCCAAGGUGUGAUUCUCAGUCUUCACUCUCUGUUUCAAGCCCCCCUAGUUCACCAACACAUCUCUCUCACGAUGAUAUAGAUGACUCUGGAAAUUCUUCUGCAAUAUUGACCUCUGAGGAAAACAAAAAUGGCCCCAUCUCAGCUCCUGAAAAUGAAUCCAUUGCAACACCUGACACAGCUGGUAAAGAGAAUGUAGUCACUUCAUGUGCCGUGUCUAGUGGCGAUGACGACGAUGAUGAUGAAUGGGCUGCUGAGAAUAAUGAGCAGUUCCAAGAACAAGAAGAAUACGAUGAAGAUGAAGAUUAUCGAGAAGAAGAGGAAGUGCAUGAAAUAGAUGAUAAUGCUGGCCUACACCAGGAUUUUGAAAAUAUGCAUUUGCAGGAAAAAGGAUUGCCACACUUAAUGGAUAACCUAGUAUUAGGAUUUGAUGAGGGUGUUCAGGUCGGAAUGCCUAAUGAGGAGUUUGAAAGGGGACAACAGGCUUCUAAUGCUUCUCUAGAAGUACCUUUUGACAAUACAUGCAAUGAUGGCAAAGCCCUUCAACCUGUUGAUGAUGCCUCUCAGGUGAAUCUCAAUAGUUCUUCUAGUGUAUUCCAGGAAUCAGAAAAGCCAACUCCAAAUUUAGCAUCUGAGAGUUUAGGUAAUGUUGAAGCUUCUAAUGGCUUCUCUGCUAAUCAUAGUACACCAUCUUCCGUUAUUAUUGGCCCACACUACACAUCUUCAGGUCAAAUUGUUACUUCUGCUGCUCCAGGUCAAGCCGAGUUACCCAUUAAGCUUCAAUUUGGUCUUUUUUCUGGUCCAUCAUUGAUACCCUCUCCAGUACCAGCCAUACAAAUUGGUUCUAUACAGAUGCCAUUACAUCUGCAUCCACAGGUUGGUGCACCUCUCACUCAUCACAUGCACUCGUCACAGCCUCCUUUAUUUCAAUUUGGCCAGCUUAGGUAUUCAUCUCCAGUAUCACAGGGGGUGAUGCCUCUAGGUCCUCAAUCAAUGUCAUAUGUUCAGCCUAAUAUCCCAUCCAGUUACCCUUUUAAUCAUAACUCUGGAAAUCAAAUGCCAGUUCAAAGUGGUCCAGAAUCUUCUGAUUCAUUUAUUAAGAAAGAUAUCAGGCAUCAGUCUGUUCUUGGCCAACCAGGUAAUUCAAGAAGCUUAUCUCACAGUUCACUUCCAAGUGAGAAUGCCGCUGGAAUAAAGCAGGGACAAAAUGCUCCUAAUAAUAACACAAGGAUUGCUUCUAGUUUCCAAUUGGACAAGCGGGGGAGCCAAAAUGUAGUUGGAAAGAGCAGCAGUACUUCAUCCAAUGCUAAACACUCAGAAGUUCAGCCUCAUAUCAAAGAUGCAUAUCUUCAUUCAGUUUCAGAAGAGAAAGAUUUAAUGGAGUCAAAAUCACGGUUUCCAGUAUCUGGUGGUAGAGGACAGAGAUAUGUCUACACAGUAAAAACUUCAAGCUCAAAAUCAUCAGGUGCAGUUCUAGGUCCAGCUCCAGCUCCAGCUCCGAGGGUUAAUCGAGCAGAUUCCAGGGGAUUUACGAGGAGGCCUAAUAGAAAUACACAGCGCACUGAGUUUCGAGUUCGGGAAAGUGCUGAGAAGAGGGAGCCUUCUAGUUCUUUGUCAGCCGAUCAGUUUGGGUUAGAUAAUAAGUCAAAUGUCACUGGAAGGGGAAUAGGCAUGUCUGGAAGGACUGGAUCCAGAAGGUCUUACACCAAUAAAAUGGGAAAACAGCCAGUAGAAUCAGUUGGGGAAAAUUCACAUGGCAUGGAUUCUGGAAGCAGAGCUGAGAGGGUUGAAGGAAAAGAAUCAACAAAGUCUCAGACCGUUUCACAUUCUGGGCAGAGUAAUCUCAAAAGAAACCUGUGUUCUGAGGAAGAUGUUGAUGCUCCAUUGCAAAGCGGAAUUAUACGCGUGUUUGAGCAACCUGGAAUUGAAGCUCCCAGCGAUGAAGAUGACUUCAUAGAAGUCAGGUCUAAGAGGCAAAUGAUAAAUGACCGGCGAGAACAAAGAGAGAAAGAAAUCAAGGCUAAGUCUCGUGUUGCAAAGGUACCACGGAAAACCCGUUCUGCUUCACAAAGUACUGUGACCAUGCCCAUGGCCAAUUCUAGCAAAAGAUCCAUUUCUACUGGAGAAGUGUCGAACAGUAGUGGUGCUGAUUUUGCCGCUGCUGAUGGGCAUGGGAUGACAAAGAGUGAUUCCUCAUCUGGAUAUAAUUCAAACUUACUGUCCCAGGCAUUACCUCCUAUAGGCACACCUCCUUUGAAAACUGAUGCCCAGCCUGAUUUAAGAUCACAGACGAACAGGUCACUUCAUACAAGUCUCCCAUCAGUUUCUGGUCGCGAAAGCAAGAACAAGAAGGGCCAUGAAAAUGUUCAGACAUCUUUGGGCUCCUGGGGCAAUGUGCAAAUUAGCCAACAGGUCAUGGCGCUGACACAGACACAACUCGAUGAGGCUAUGAAGCCUCAGCAGUUUGAUUCACAGGCUUCUAGUGGCAAUAUGACAGGUGUUGUUACUGAAUCCAGCUUGCCAGCACCAUCCAUUUUAACAAAAGAGAAAACAUUCUCAUCUGCUGCCAGUCCAAUAAAUUCCUUGCUUGCUGGAGAGAGAAUUCAAUUUGGGGCAGUGACAUCUCCAACUGUUCUUCCUCCUAGCAGCCGUGUUGUGUCUCAUGGUAUUGGCCCCCCUCGAUCAUCUAGAUCAGACAUGCAAAUAUCUCACAACAUUGCUGGAUCUGACACUAAUUGCAAUCUUUUCUUUGAGAAAGGGAAACAUGGUAAUGAAUCUCAUGGCCAUUUAGAAGAUUGUGAUGCGGAGGCUGAAGCUGAAGCAGCUGCUUCUGCUGUUGCUGUUGCUGCCAUUGGUAGUGAUGAGACUGUUGGAAAUAGAUUGGGUACUUGUUCUGUCUCGGUUUCAGAUGCUAAAAAUUAUGUAGCUGCAGAUAUUGAUAGGGUAGUAGCAGGAGUAGGUAGUGAGCAGCAAUCAGCAAGCCAAUCUAGAUCUGAGGAGCCUCUUAGUGUAUCUCUUCCUGCUGACUUAUCUGUUGAGACUCCACCAAUUUCCUUGUGGCCGGCCUUACCAAAUACACAAAAUACUUCAUGCCAGAUGAUCUCGCAUUUUCCUGCCGUUGCUCCUCAUUUUCCUUCUGGCCCACCUUCACAUUUUCCUUUCUAUGAAAUGAAUCCUAUGAUGGGUGGUCCUGUGUUUGCUUUCGGACCACAUGAUGAAUCUGCAUCUACAACACAGUCACAGCCUCAAAAAAGUACUGCACCAGCAUCUAGGCCAAUUGGGAACUGGCAACAGGGUCAUUCUGGUGUGGAAUCCUUUUAUGGUCCUCCAACAGGAUUUACUGGACCUUUUAUUGCACCUCCUGGAGGCAUUCCAGGAGUCCAAGGGCCUCCACAUAUGGUUGUUUAUAACCAUUUUGCACCUGUAGGACAAUUUGGUGGACAGUUUGUGUAUAUCCCCUCUGGAAAGCAGCCUGAUUGGAAACACAUUCCUACAACUUCUGCAUCAGGGACCAGUGAAGGGGAUAUGAACAAUAUGAAUAUGGCAUCUUCACAGCGGAAUCCUGCUAACAUGCCUUCUCAAAUUCAACAUCUUGCUCCUGGUUCGCCACUUCUACCAAUGGCAUCUCCAGUUGCUAUGUUUGAUGUUUCUCCUUUUCAGCACUCUACCGAGAUGUCAGUUCAAGCUAGAUGGCCCCAUGUUCCAAAUGCACCACAUUCAUCCAUUCCUCCAUCAAUGCCAUUGCAUCAACAAGAAAGUAUUCAAACUUCUCAGAUGAGCCAUGGCCCUUCGGUUGACCAGCCACUAAAUGUCAACAGAUUUACCGGUUCUCGAACUUCAACAUCUUCUGAUAGUGAUAGGAAUUUUCCUAGAGCAGCUGAUGUAAAUGUCAACCAAUUACCUGAUGAACUUGGAUUAGUGGACACUUCAAACUCCACUGCUUCUAAGACUUCAUCCAAGGGUGUUUCUAGUAAGACUCCAUCCGAGAAAACCAUUACAGAUGCUGCUGCCAAAGUUGAUGUUCAGAAUGGAAAUAGCAGCAAGAGUAAUAACCAGAAUUCAAGUUCUGGUUAUAGGACUCAACCCGCACAACAAAAUAAUGUUUCUACCCAGCAGCAGCAUUAUGAUCAUUCCUCAGGACAUGGUAACUAUCACAGAGGAGGUGGUGGUGUUACUCAGAGAAAUAAUUCUGGUGGUGAAUGGUCCCAUCGUAGAUACCAUGGAAGAAACCAAUCUACGGGUGGAGAUAAGAACUUUUCAUCCUCGAAGGUCAAGCAAAUAUAUGUGGCUAAGCAGACUAUUAGUGGGUCGUCAUCAGCGUCAUAAGUGCUGGAUUUGAAGAAAAAAACAUGGAAGGCUUUGUUGUUAAUUAUUGGUCUGUGGCUGAAAUAAAAUUUUGAUUAGCUUCUACUUGGAUUUUAGGGCAGAUUGAGUGUUAGAUUAAGAUUUUUGCUGGCUACAACAGAUUCUAUACCGGUCUUCCUGAUGAAGGCUAAGGAAGAGUUUGAUAGCACUGUCAUUGUUGUCACCAUGUCAUUUUGCGGUAGCAAACAAGCUUGGACAAUCUUCCUUUGUUUUUUCUUUUGACACUAAAUUAAAAACCUUUAUUUAUGGGUUUUGUGUAUCAGAUUCAUUAGCUGUAUUACUAUAUUCUUUCCAUAAUUAUAAGGAAGUAUCAGUUUUGAGAAAUGCAAGUUUUCUUUUCUA